ACGAGAACGCGAGCAAGGAAACUCAGAAGGCGGAUGGGAUGGCGAGGGAAGAGGAGAUUUACUAUGGCAAGCACGGUAGGGAACAAACUGUUCUGCCCCAGCUACGGACCCCAAAGAACACAGCAUACACAAAGGACACCACAUAAAUAUGACCCAACUUUCAAAGGCCCCAUUUACGACAGGGGCUGCACAGAUAUCAUCUGCUGUAUCUUGCUGCUGGUUGCAAUUGGGGGCUAUGUUGCAGUGGGUAUUGUGGCAUGGACACAAGGAGACCCUCGCAAGGUGAUUUAUCCAACAGAUAGUCGUGGUCAAUUCUGUGGCCAAAAGGGCACACCCAAUGAGCAGAAGCCUUACUUGUUUUACUUCAACAUCAUGAAAUGUGCUAGCCCUUUGGUGUUGCUGGAAUUUCAGUGUCCUACUACACAGAUCUGUGUGAAAGAGUGUCCAGAUAGGUAUAUCACUUUUCUACAGGCCUCCAGUAUCGACCACACAGCAACCCAGGAACUAAAAUAUUAUCACCAGUUUUGUGUCCCAGAGUUUACCAAUCUGAAGAAGAGUGCACCUGAAGUGUUGAAAGAUGGUGAAUGCCCAGCCAUGCUUAUACCAAGCAAGCCCUUGGCUCGUAGAUGUUUACCUGCAAUCAAUAGUAAGAAAGGUGUUAUCAUGGUUGGAAACGCAACAACUUUUGAUGAUGGAAGUGGGAAGAAAAGGAAUGUGACAGAACUUCUGGAAGGGGCCAAAAAGGCAAAUGUCCUUCUGGAGACAAGACAAGUAGCUAUGAAAAUCUUUGAAGAUUACACCGUUUCCUGGUACUGGAUAAUAAUAGGUCUCGUGAUUUCCAUGGUAGUCAGCCUUGUAUUUAUUGUUCUGCUCCGGUUCCUGGCAGGGAUCAUGAUUUGGGUGAUGAUUGUACUGGUGAUUCUGGUGCUUGGAUAUGGAAUAUUUCAUUGUUAUAUGGAAUAUGCUCAUCUGAAAGGACAGACUGGUUCUGAUGUCUCCUUGAUGGAACUUGGAUUCCAGACAGAUUUUCAUGUCUAUCUCCACCUGAAGCAAACCUGGCUAGCUUUCAUGAUCAUCCUGUGCAUUAUGGAAGUUAUCAUUAUUCUACUGCUUAUCUUCUUGCGCAAGAGAAUCCUCAUUGCCAUUGCACUGAUCAAAGAAGCUAGCAGGGCUAUUGGACACAUCAUGACAUCCCUUCUGUUUCCUCUGUGUACUUUCUUUCUGGUGUGUCUCUGCAUUGCUUACUGGGCUAGUACUGCUGUUUUCUUGUCUACGUCUAAUGAAGCUGUCUACAAGGUGUUUAAUGAUACAGAAUGCCAAUAUGCUGGAACAACUUGCAAACCAGAGACCUUCAGUACUUCCAAUGUCACAAAGCUGUGCCCAGGAGCACGUUGCCUCUUUGCCUUCUAUGGUGGUGAGACUGCCUACCACAAGUAUCUCAUCAUCUUUCAGAUUUUCAAUAUUUUCAUGUUCUUUUGGCUGGCCAACUUUGUCAUUGCCUUGGGCCAAGUCACACUUGCUGGGGCCUUUGCAUCAUACUACUGGGCUUUUAAAAAACCUGAUGAUAUGCCAGCGUUUCCCCUCUUCUCCUCCUUUGGCCGAGCACUCAGGUAUCACACAGGUUCACUGGCCUUUGGAUCCAUGAUUCUUGCCAUUGUCCAGAUCAUUCGAGUCAUUCUGGAGUACUUGGAUCAUAAACUAAAAGCUUCUGAGAAUAUGUUUGCCAAGUUCCUUUUGACCUGUUUCAAAUGCUGCUUCUGGUGCCUGGAGAAGUUCAUCAAGUUUUUGAAUAGAAAUGCAUACAUUAUGAUUGCUAUUUACGGUACCAAUUUCUGCACUUCUGCCAGGAAUGCCUUUUCCUUGCUCAUGAGGAACAUAAUCAGAGUGGCUGUUUUGGACAAAGUCACUGAUUUCCUGUUUUUCCUUGGAAAAAUCCUAAUUGUGGGAAGUGUUGGUAUCCUUGCUUUCUUUUUUUUCACCCACAGAAUAAAAUUGAUUCAAGACACAGCACCAACUCUCAAUUACUACUGGGUCCCCAUUCUGACAGUGAUUGUGGGUUCCUACCUCAUUGCACAUGGAUUUUUCAGUGUAUAUGCCAUGUGUGUGGACACACUUUUCCUUUGCUUCUGCGAAGAUCUGGAAAGGAACGAUGGAACUCCUGAGCGGCCUUAUUACAUGUCCUCUGCCUUGAGUGAAAUCCUCCUGAAGGGAAGCCUAAAAUCUUCCAAAAGUGCUGAGAGUCAAGAAUAGGGACAAUGCACCAAAUGUGAAAGAUGUAUGCAGGUGUCCCACUGCAAGCCUUCUGUGUGCAGAUGCUCUACCUUCAUGGGCAAAUUUUCUGAGAUAUUUCUCAGAUAUUCUGAGAAAUGAUGGGUACUCUUGACUUUCAUCAAACAAGUCACUAUUGAUGGUAUAUACUGUAAUCUGUUUCUGUCCAGGAGAUUUUCCAAUACCAAAAAGGACUUGAAAUUGGAGGGUGAAUGUGUUUAAAGUUGAAAAAAAUGCCUCAGUAUGAUUAUGCUGUUGUGUAUGGUUGCUUUUGGCACAGAUAUCCUAUCAAGUGCACAAAGAAUAACACCAGAACAAUUUAAUAUGAAGUAAAAUUAAUAUCAAUAGCAGUAUAUUAACAAUUUCCAUUACAAUAAAAAUGUGUUCAAAUAUUGGACCUUUCCAAAUAUCCAAAUACAGGGGUAUUCCCUGUGCAACUAUCCAUAUGAAAAAUAGUCCAGAAUAGCAAUAUUUUGAGGCUUAAGAAAGCAGCUGCUUGGAAAUAAAUGAAAAUGCUUUGACAAAGGUUUGCUUACUUGUAUAUCUUCUAUUGGUUGAACAGAUUUUGAAUUAGUAUAUAACUGCAAUUGUAGGUGUAUACAAACAGAAGUAAAUAGUGGGAUGAAGAUAACCAGGAUGAGCACUAUUUCAGAUUAGUUUCAGCUCUUUAGAAAUCUCUUGCUUCAGUACAAGUGCUUUGUUGCUGCCUAAAACUCUAGUAGCAAACCUCUCCAGGUAGGAAGUUCUUUGAGAGGCUUUUUCUGUCGUUUCCGUGCAUUAUAUAGGGAUGCAAUCAACAAAAGGCAUAAAAGAUGAACACAAUUGUUCUAAAGGCUGUUUUAGAAAAACUGCUCUAAAUAAUGAAAGAUAAAAAAGCCAGAUUCUUACCUGCUAUUUGCAUAUUUCACCUGUAACACUUGGUGUUUUCCUACUUAUGAGUAGGAAAUUUUUAUUUAGGGAAGUUUAAUUUCAGAAAAGAAUAAUAAUUUUCAAAUGUGAAUAGUGAAUAGGAAAAUAACUCCACUUUUGCUUUGCUAAUAACAGUUUCUAUUAUCCAAUUUCUUUGUAUCCCAUGGGAGAAAAAAAGAUGACAAAUUUCAUGUAUGUGCCUGGAAUCUUUGAGAAUGGCAAGAUUUAUCCCCUUACUUUAAGACAAGGUUUUAAAAAAUCCCUAAGCAGAUCUUUUUGGGUGGAAAACUCUAACAUCCUUUUUGUUGAAUACCAGAAGAGGAAAAUUCUCAAAUCAGAAUCAUUUUCAGUCUAAUUAUGAAUAUCUGUCAUAUGUACUUAUCUGCUCAUGGUGAGAUCUAAUCUCGACUGGUCAGGUUUCCCUUAGUUUCCAUAAACCAGGAUUACUCCUAUGUAGUACUAGUCCCUUGUGCUAGUCCCGAAAAGAUGUUUUCACAUUCCUUUGCUUGGGGGGGGAUUUGUGUUUCUUUGCAGUGGAAGACCUGGAGCGUAAUGAUGGCUCUACUGAGAAGCCUUACUUCAUGUCAUCUAACCUGAGAAAACUCCUGAAGAAGACUAAUAAAGAGACAGACACAUGAUUUGGCAAGCCUGGUCUUUCCAUGAGGCAGAAUAAAAAUGUACCAACUUGACUUUUGUCAAGAUAGAGCAGCUUCUGUGAGAUUACAAUAUCUGCUACCCCUAGCUGUGCCAUAUAACUAGAACUUGGCAAAAUUAGAAACUUCUCUUCUUGUAUCUUUUGGUUUUUGAGUGUAGAGGUUUUGUUUCUUUUGCCUUUUAAAGUGAUAAAUUAGCCACAGGUAGCCACAUAGCUGUAGUUUAGGAAUACACCAUAAUAAAUCAGACUGAGAUCUGUUAAGAUUGAGACCAGUUAAGAAAACCAUCCACCCUAUUGGACCUGGACUGUUUAAACAUUGGGUCAGCAAUUCUUGCUUGCUAAUACAGGUAGAGUAAAUUGUACAGACAGUGCUAGGUAUAAGUGAUCCAAUGAAGCUGCAUUUGAUCCAGUUUAGUUAUUAAAGUUUUUUUUCUUGUAAUGGCAUUUAUUUCAUGUAAUCAAUAAUUGAUCACUUAAAAAGGUCACUUUAAAGAUCUCAAUGAUCCCAGGAUAUUAUAUAUUAAUGUUUAUGGGAAAAUCUAUUUUCUAAAAUUUAUUUCACUGCCACUGCACAUCCCCAAGACAAUUUAAUAAUGACACCAAGCACAAUUAAUAAAUAGUAAAUCCAGGCAAGAAAAGUAUAUCCUAGGAAAAGAUUGUUAAAACUGGGAAGGAAAGUUUGACAAUAGCUUUAUAUUUUUAAUGAAAAUGGUCAGAAUCAUGUAAAACAAUAACAUGAAAUAUGAAAUAAAUUAAUACAUGACAAGAAGGAAGCCAUAAUAAUAGAAAAGAUUCAAAAUUAUGUACUAUAUACUCAGCAAUUUACUUUGAAAUUUCUUCUAAAAAGCCAUAUUUUUUUGAGUUGCCCAAGUAAAUUUAGCUUAAUUUUUGCUUUUUUAUAUUUUAUUUCCUUUAUUGCUGUACUCUUCACAGAAAAUAUGAAAUAUUAAACAUUUUGUUUUGUAAA